UCGACCUGCGCACGCGCAUUCGAUCGCUUGGAGUGCACAGCGUAACACGCGCGAAUUCCGCCAAUUAAAUGUGAUACAACAAAAUAGCGUUCGACUAAAUUCAGCCAAUUAAAUGUGAUAGCUCAAAAUUUCGCGCGACUUUCGAAAACGUAAACAUGAUGCUCGCGGGAGCCGAAAUUGUGGAAAGCAGUGUGUCGUUUAAAACCGACGAGGCCGGGAAGUCUCAGGCCCAGGUGAUUGCCCCAGGCCCGUCCCAACCCCAGGCCCAGGCUUCGGGCCUCAGCCGGGUCCCGACGAGAGAGCCGGUGGACAUCCAGUUCUCAAACGUCACUUGCACUGUAAAGCUUGGCAUAAACAAAGGCACCAAACAAAUCCUUCAUGGGGUGAGCGGUCGAUUUCGUCCCAGGAAGCUGAUCGCCAUCAUGGGUCCCUCGGGAGCUGGCAAGUCCACAUUGCUGGAUGUCCUCUCUGGAUACCGUACCACGGGUGUCGGUGGUGCCAUAUUCAUCAAUGGACGAGGGAGAAUAAUGAAGAGCUUUAAGAAAAUGUCGUGCUACAUCCAGCAAGACGACCGAUUGCAGGGUCUACUCACAGUGGGAGAGAACAUGGAGCUGGCUGCUGACCUCAAGCUACCUACCAAAUUGGACAAAUACGAGAAAGGAGAAGUGAUUGAAGACAUCCUCACCAAUCUAGGACUGUACGAACACAUGAACACCCGGGGAGCCCAACUCUCAGGUGGGCAGAGGAAACGGCUGUCCAUCGCCUUGGAACUCAUCAACAAUCCUCUCAUUAUGUUCCUUGAUGAACCCACAACAGGGCUGGACAGCUCUUCCUGCACCCAAGUAGUACAACUUUGUCGAAGCCUAGCUAAGCAGGGUCGAACUAUUGUGUGCACGGUACACCAGCCCUCGGCCUCGUUAUUCGCCCUGUUCGACCAAGUCUACGUGCUAGCAGCUGGAAACUGCCUUUACCAGGGGACCACGACAAAUCUUGUGCCGUAUGUGGAGCAGGCCGGAGUUCCUUGCCCUAUUUAUCACAACCCAGCUGACUAUAUUAUUGAAUUAGCCUGCGGCGAAUACGGGGAUGACAAAAUCAGUAUUCUAACAACUAAGGCUGAAAACGGCAGGGAGUUGGCAUGGCUGGACGAUGCGAAGUCCAUCCCCACGAUGGAGGCCCUGAGGAAGCUGUACCCGCUGAGUGUGAUGAAGGAGCAGGACAGCGAAUCUGGGCCCGAGGAAACGCCACAGUCUAACCAAAGAUCUGUGCUAAUCAGACGGGGAUUCUUAAAAGCGAAACGUGAUCCUACAAUGACCCAUCUCCGGCUGCUAGUGAAUGUGGUAGUGGGCAUAAUGCUGGGCUCCCUCUUCAUCAACGCCGGCAACGAAGGUUCCCGCGUCCUGGAAAACUAUAACCUGCUGUUCGCGAUACUGAUGCACCACAUGAUGUCACCGAUGAUGUUGACCAUCCUUACCUUUCCUUCGGAGAUGUCGAUAUUAUUGAAGGAGCACUUCAACCGGUGGUAUUCGCUUGGAUCCUACUACAUUUCAAUAACAUUAGUGGACCUGCCAAUAUCGAUAGUCUCGUGCGCAAUAUUCAGCGUGAUCGUGUACACGAUGUCUGCGCAGCCAUUUGACAUCGCCAGAUUCUCCAUGUUCUUUGCGAUCUCCGUGUACACGGUGCUCGUGGCGCAGAGCUUCGGCCUAAUGAUCGGCGCGGUAUUUAACGUUGUUAACGGGACCUUCCUCGGCCCAACUCUCUCCGUGCCAAUGAUGAUGUUCGCCGGCUUCGGGGUUACUCUGCGUGACUUGCCACCCUACUUGUCUUGGGGCUCGUAUGUGUCGUACCUAAGGUACGGGCUGGAGGGCUACAUCGGGGCUAUUUACGGUCUAGAAAGACCUACUCUGGCGUGCAAUGAAGCCUUGUACUGCCACUACAGAUACCCCAGCACAUUCUUGGAGGAAAUCGCGAUGUCUCCCAACAUGUUCUGGUGGGACAUCCUAGCUCUGACUGUCACACUGUUCACGCUGAGAACUGCAGCCUUUUUGCUGCUCAAAUGGAAGCUAAGUGCUGUCCGAUAACUCUGCAUUUAUUGCAUAAAUUUAAGGGAAAAGUUAGAGGUACCUUUAUAAGCGAACGUACCGUAGAAAGAUAAGAAAACUUCCUCAUGCCAGAUGGAAUGAAUGGAAUUUUAAAAUCGAUCAACUAAUACUUUAGCUACUCUAGUUGGAAAGACUAAGUAAAUGGAGUACAGUAUUCAUGAUGAAGUAGGUACCUAUACAACUUUGUCCUGACAUCGAUAGAGCAUUCUAAGAGAAAUAACGGUAGAAAUUUUUAUUUAAAAAUUUCACUGUAAAUACAUUUUAAGGUCAAAGUUACAAAGGGUAUCAAUCAAACGUUAUAUGCAGUUCACCAAGGUAACAGAGAAAAAGAGUUCAAUGAAACAAUAUUUCACUAACAUAUACCUAAAUUUUAUUAAUUUAGUUAAGAAUUAUAAAUUAUUUAAAACGUUACUGAAAUACAUUUUUGUUACUUACUUGAAAUUAGUACCUUUUGCAACAUGCCUUUUGUUGUAUAGGUACAGAAUAAAUUUAUCAAAAAUGAGAACAUUGAAAAUGCUCAAAAGCACAACGACGCUUUAAGAUACUUACGUCGUACGUCGCUGAACUUGCAUAAAAAGAAAUUGUCGUAACAACUAAGGAAUAAGGUUGAUCUUUGUGAAAUGUUGGUAGCGACAAUCUUUUUUAUAUAUUUAUUAACCAAAGCGAGUCGCAUUACAUUUUUUUAUUAACGAUAGGUCAGUGCUUGACGAAAAUUUUACAUGUUAGAAAGCAAUGAUGCGGUUUAGGUUGGAGCGCGCUCUCGCCUUAACGGUAAAAAUAUUCAAAUGAUGUUGUAUCUAGUAUUACUUGAUCGAUAGUUUUUUAUAGGCAUACCUAAAUUAUCCACGGCCCGAUUACUCAAAAUUCAAAAAUUCAAAAUUCAAAAUCCAACCAAUCGUUUUCCUAUUUUCUGAGAUUAAAUCAAGUUUAAGCAUUGACAUAAACCUGGUCUUCAAAAGACCUUAUUUGCGACGAGUGUACAAUUUUUACAUCAUGUUUUGAAUAUUGGAUAGAAGCAGGCGUUACCUUGGAGAGUUCCAUGAAAUUUCGUAUCAAAAUUAAGUUUCAUUUAGUAAAUCAUGUUUUGUAUAGGCGACCGUAAAAAACACAAAAUAUGGUAUUCUUAUAUCGGAUCGGACAGUGUCAAAACUGGUCAAAACGCUUUAGAGACAGUUUGGCACCAAAAUUAUUUUUGUUAUCUUGUAAAAUUGCUAAGCAAAAAAGUGCCUAAGAUGCUUAAGUUUGCUGUGAUUUUUUUAUGAGUAUUUAGGACGAUAUUAAGACGAUUAAUAGGAUAUUGGAUUAUAUUUUAGAGGCUGUUAAAUAAUUCUACAUUUGAAACGUAUGAUUACAACAAUAAGGUAAUUUCCAAUUUUUGUAAAAAAAACUUAAAUUAUUCAAUGUUUUAAAUACCCUCAAAUAUUACCGGCCAAGUACGAGUGAGGCUCGAGUAGGACUGAGGGUACGUUGGAAGGAUUUGUAAAAUUCAUUUGAUUUUUAGACUAUUAUUUCAACCUAUGAAUUGUCUGAAAUUUAAUUAAGAUAUAAUUAGAUUAUAAUAGAAUUGUGAUAUGGUUUUCGGUUCUUUAUUAUUGAUUAAUUGUAUAUUUAGACAUUCCUUCCUGGAGAAUUUCAUGAUUCUCGGUCAACGGGUAAAAACUUUAGGUUUUGACGACCGUACCAAUCUUUGGAUUGCGAUCACUUAAAUUUUGGGUAUUUUUUACAGCUCCAAGAUAUUGCCGACUUGAGUAGGUAUUUGGUAAUGAUUUCAAUAUGAUAAACGUGUUCCUAAGAGUUGGUCUCAUAGCCAGACAAAAGUAUAAGUUUUACUUUUUUUCUUGACAUAUUUUGCAUGAAAUAUAAAACAGGUGUAUCAAAUCGCAAUUUCACACUUUUUUCUGAUACUUAAAUUUUAUGGAAAGAAAAUGUAAGUAUGAAAAUGCCAUAAAUUUGUACUGUGAUAAAAAAAAUAUUUGCCAUUCAAAUAUUAUGAAAAAAAUAACCUUAUUUUAAAUACCAUUGCAUUCUAAACUUGCCAAAUACAAUAUUAAGUGUUUUAAAUUAUUAAGAAAUUCUACUAUGUUAAAUACUAUUGUUAACUUCUGUUUUAUAACUAAUAAAAUAUAAGAAAAUGUAGCUUAGAUAGUACUUACAAAUAAUGUAUGUACUUAAAAGACAUCAAUUACAUUACUGUUAGAAAAUAAUGUUUUUUGGAAUUUUAAUUAAAAAAUAUACCAGCCCUUUGUCCUUAAGAUUUAUACAGAAGAACUGCAAAAUUGCAGAUCGGGUGCAAAAUGUUUGUAGAUAAUUAGACAUUAUUAUAAACAUAAUGUCUUAUUACAAAUUAUAAUUUGUUACUUUUCGUAUUAACGUCCCUAAGACCGGUUUUUCAAUUAUCAGUAAAAAAAUCUAUAACUCACCAAAAAAUAGUAUAUAUAGCUCUACGGUUAUCUAUUAUUACUUAUUGCACUUGCAUUUAUUAUUUAUUAUCUUCUUUGAUUACCAGGACAUACUAUCGAGAAUAUCAAUAAAUAUUUGAGAAAAUAAUAAUAAUUUUAAACGCAAGAAAAAUGUAAACUCAAAUAAAUCGAUGUUCUAUAUUUGUAUCAGUUGUUUACAUCGAACACGAUAGGUGUUAAAAAAAAACAAAUAGCUUUUUAAUAGUUAUCUGAAAGUAAAAGUAACAUUAAUUUUAUUUCUUAACUGAUAAUGCAAAAUUAAAUUUAUAUGAAGAUUGAUAAACCGAACUAAAAUCGCUUAAAGCAGUAUUAUUUAUAAAAUAUUGACACUCUCUCUCUUUUUUCGGAAUUCCCUUUUUUUAAAGACAAGAAGGCAUGGUAUUGAUGACAGGCAUGGAUGGCAUGAGGCUAAAAACCUACGCCUAAGAACAUAGAGCGGCAGCACGUUGCAAAAAGUUUUCCUUGCCUUGUUGCCGAUUCAUACGCAAUGUUUUUCUAUCUACCUUCAGGUGAGCUUGGUUCGUCAAUAAUUAAAAAAAAAUACUGCUUUAAGUAUACCACUUUAAGGACGAAUAAUGUAAUAUAAGGGUACUUUAAGUGUAGAUAAGUUAACCUGCUAUGAGCGUAGGAUUUGAGUUACACAAUUAUUUAUGUUUAUUUUUGUACUCGUAAUUAUUACGAAAUAUGUUCAGAAUGUUCCACGCAAAAAAUCUUGUUCUUAAUAAAGAACAAGAUGUUUUAUCUUGUGAUGUACAACUUAGUUCAGUUUCUCACUUAUAGGGAGAUAUUUUCAGCUGAAAAUAGCAUGUAUUGUUGUAACAGAUUAAAAUAGUCUGAAAAAAGUCACACUGCCAUGUUUGUACGUCUCGUGCAAAAAAAUAAAAAAAAAUUACUUUGCGUAUCGUUGA